AUGGAAUGGAAGAAGUAUUAUCUGGAUGCGAUUCUGGUGCCUUUAGGGUUUGUAAUAACAAUUUGUUAUUAUGUUUGGCUAUGGCGUAAGGUUCGAACACAGCCUUUGAGAACCACCUUCGGAAUCAACUCUCAUAUCCGACGCUUCUGGGUUCCUUUCAUCUUGAAGGAUUUAGAAAAGAAGAACGUGGUGGCAGCUCAGUCCCUUAGGAAUCAAUUAAUAGGGUGCACUGUGAUGGCCACCACGUCGAUCCUUUUAGCUGCAGGUCUAGCAGCCGUGAUAAGCACCACUUACAACGCCAAGAAGCCUCUAAACGACGCCGUAUACGGAGCCGAGUACAACGAAUUCGUGGUGUCCCUCAAGUACGUCACCGUCCUCACCAUCUUCAUCUUCUCCUUCGUCUGUUACUCUCUCUCCAUCAGGCUCCUCAACCAAGUGGGGAUCCUCAUAUGUGCUCCACGAGACGACGUCGUUGUGGCGUCCACUGUGACCCCAAACUACUUGACUGACCUCUUGGAAAAGGGCAGUACGCUCAACAUUGUGGGAAAUAGGCUUUUCUUUUCGGCUUUGCCUCUUUUGCUUUGGAUCUUCGGACCUAUCCUCGUUUUCCUCUGCGAUGUUGCUGUUUUGCCUGUGCUAUACCAUUUUGACGUUGUUGGUGAGAGCUAUGACGGCAAAGGAAAAAUGGAGAUGAUCACCGAAAUGAAACAUGAGCUUGUAUGA